GAAACGUUUGCUAUCUUCAUCUUCGGAGCAGAGUUCGGUCUGAGGGUCUGGGCCGCAGGAUGCUGCUGUCGGUACAAAGGAUGGAGGGGAAGGCUGAAGUUCGCUCGAAAACCGCUCUGCAUUCUGGACAUCUUCGUGCUGAUCGCCUCGGUGCCCGUGGUGGCGGUGAGGAACCAGGGGAACGUUUUGGCCACGUCUCUGCGCAGCCUUCGCUUCCUGCAGAUUCUCCGGAUGCUGCGUAUGGACCGGAGGGGGGGCACCUGGAAACUGCUGGGGUCCGCCAUCUACGCCCACAGCAAGGAGCUGAUCACGGCGUGGUACAUCGGCUUCCUGUCUCUGAUCCUCGCCUCCUUCCUGGUGUACCUGGUGGAGAAGGACGACGUCUCCAUGGAGGUUUCUGACCCCGACAACCCCACCGCGCAGCCCAAAGCGCAGGACUUCGACACGUACGCCGACGCCCUCUGGUGGGGACUGAUCACGCUGACCACCAUCGGUUACGGGGAUAAAACCCCGAAGACGUGGGCGGGCCGACUGUUGGCGGGAACCUUCGCUCUGAUCGGAGUUUCCUUCUUCGCUCUGCCUGCAGGCAUCCUGGGGUCAGGUCUGGCUCUGAAGGUGCAGGAGCAGCACAGGCAGAAACACUUUGAGAAGAGACGACAGCCGGCCGCCGGGCUCAUCCAGUCUGCCUGGCGAUACUAUUCCACCAAUCCAAUCAGGGACGACCUUAUUGCCACGUGGAGAUUCUACGAAACGAUUAUCUCUCUCCCCUGUUUCAGGAAGGAUCACUUGGAGGGCAUAGCCAGCCAGAAAAUGAGUUUACUUGAGCGUGUUCGCCUUCCCAGCGCUCGCCAAUCGAUCGGGUCGGGGAAGAAGCUCAUGGGUCCGGCCGACUCCAUCGAGGAAAGUCCGUCCAAGGAGCCCAAACCCGCCGGCUUCAGUAACAGAGAACGCUUUCGCACCGCCUUCCGCAUGAAGGCCUACACGAUGCGUCAGAGCUCUGAAGUAUAG